AUGGCUAUGCAGAUCGAUCGGGAGGCGGUUCCAGGAACGGAACAACUCAUUGACGUAAACCACAAGUUGCAGAACAGCGAUCAUGUUGAACAAUCUGACAUCGUUCUCAUUCCGCAGCCAACCAGCUGCGGAAGCGACCCACUCACAUGGUCGAAGCGAAAGAAGUACUACCAGCUGCUCCUCGUCGCCCUUUACGCUUGCGCCUUUUCCUUCGGUGAAAACACUCUUGGAGCGGCUUGGACUACUGUUAGUAGAGACACAGGCGUCUCUUUGACAAACAUGAACGGCGGUAGCGCUUUGAAUUAUCUCUUACUGGGCUUCGUCAACAUUUGGUGGAUGCCCAUUGCCAACAUCCUAGGCCGGAAGCUAGUCUUCCUUGCAACAACAUGUCUCUGUCUCGCCACCGGCUUUUGGCUCGCUGCCAUUGAGGGAACAGUCCAAUGGAUGCUCAACAUGAUCGUAAACGGAAUCGGGACAUCUGCGUAUCAAGCCAUCAUUCAACUUACUAUCUUCGACAUGUUCUUUGUUCAUGAGCGUGGUCGCAUGCUCUCGGUUUAUCUCUUUGCUCAGCAGCUUGGCUCUAUCCUAGGUCUUAUCUCUGGUGGCAGCAUGUCCGAUACCGUCGGAUGGAGAUGGUCACAGAACAUAGUUGGCUUCAUCUUUGCGUUUGUAUUGAUCGCCUUCACCUUUUCUUUCGAGGAGACACUAUUCCCUCGUUUCCUAUUUGCUGGAUUGCAGUCGGCCCCUCUUCCCUCUCACAAGGAUGAAGAGACAGCGGAGAAAUCUACUGUGGGAAAGAAGCUGGAGCUCAGGGCAGUUCCGAGUCAGGCAAACGGUAUUGUCGAUGAGUUUCCCAGGCGAUCUUACAGGCAGAUCUUGAAGCCGUGGGUGAGGUAUCCUCAGAACAAAACAACUUUCUGGCAAUACUUCCGCCGUCCUUUCUUUCUCUGGGGCUUUCCCAACGUCGUCAUCGCCGCGUUCAUCUAUGCCUUCGGGGCCACUGCCGGUAUUGUUUCCUUCAACACCAUCUCCGAGAUCCUGACGGAACCGCCCUACAACUUCAGUACCACCAAUACCGGUCUUGUAUUCUUCGCCGCUUUGGUGGGAGACAUAAUCGGUUGGAGCAUCGGUGUACUGAGCGACCAAGUUGUUAUUGCUCUGGCGCGACGAAAUGGCGGUGUCAAAGAACCUGAGAUGCGACUCUACACUCUCGUUCCUUGCUUAGUCUUCGCUGCCGUUGGGUACAUGCUCUAUGGUUGGGGUGCCCAGACGGAAGCGCAUUGGAUCACCAUCGCCAUCGGUAUCGGCGCGAUGAUCUCACAUCAGGUGGGAGCUUGCACGAUUGCUACUGCAUAUGCAAUGGACUGUUUCCCUGGAAUAUCUGGAGAGCUAGUCGUUGUACUGGCUAUGUGCUCCUCAAUGGUCAACUUCGCCAUCUCAUACUCUGUUCAGCCAUUCAUUGAAGCCGCUGGCUAUGGUUGGACCAUGACCUGCUUUGGUAUCAUGGUAUUAAUGUCGGUUCUCGCCGCUAUUCCUCUGGUCCUGUUUGGUAAGAGAUGGAGGAUCUCCAAAGGGCCGAGAUACUACAAGUUCUUGGAUGAGGUAGGAGGAUACACCGACUAG